GUUAAUGGCGUCUAUUGUUUUAGUUGCCGCAGGACUGUACAAAAAGUUCCCCAGUUCCGUUUGCACUCGCGUUUGGAGGCAUUACGUACGUAACAUGCCGAUUUGGGGUUGAAUUUAACGGGCUGUGCGAAGUGGUUCCUUCCGUUUGCUCGCGAGAGGAUGGCGUUUACCGACAAGCGUGCGGUGGUCGACGAUGCCGAAGCUGGCCCCAGCAAAUCCCGGAAAGGGUGCAUGGCCAGCGUGGAGGAGGCGCUCGACUACAUCAGCAUCGUGAUUCAAGAUUCUAUGGAAUCUUGUUUCUACAGACUGGGAGUUUUCAUGGGCACUUAUCCUCUGCGAACGAUCGGAUUUGCCUUGUUCGCAUGCGCCGUGUUGGGCGGAGGCAUGUUCUUUUUCCAAAUCCGAGAUGAUCAAGACGUUUGGCUGCCGUACAAUUCAGAGCUGCGACAAAAGAAGCAGUGGCUGGAGGCGAAUUUUCCCCCGAAGCUGUACUUCGAAACGGCCUUGAUUGUCGGAGACAACGUUCUCACGCCGGAUGUGCUUCAAUUCAUGAGCGACCUGGACGCCAUGGUCAGCGUGCUAGAAACGGAUGAGGCAUCAUGGGAAUCAUUGUGCGCUCGGCCUGGCCAACUUGUUCCUUUGAUGGGCGCCGACGUUAAAUUGGAACUACGCAGAAAACGGGCAAUUAGCGGUGGGAAAUCUGAUGUCAAUGCUAUCCAUGGUUCAAAUGUCCAAGAAACGCAAUCUCUAAAACCUUCGGAAGGAGAUACUGACGACGCUUUCGAAAUGAUGAAGAGCACUGGUGCACCAGCUACAGAGCUGAAACCUUUUCUAGUCAGUGGACCGGAUCUGACCAAAGAAGCCACCCCAACGAUCGAGUCGAUCUCGAGCAUCACACCAGUUGCUGAAGUGCAAGACGAUGGUUUCUUCCAGUCUAUUUUCGGAUUCGAGGUCGACGAAGAUGUGCAAAAGCUUUUCAGGAAAUACAUGAAGCAUAUGGACAAAGGCGGCCAGUGUAUGAAAUCAAACGUGCUCAGCUUGUUUGAAGAAUCAUUCGACAAGCCAUCUGAUGACAUCGAUUACGCUAAUUUAUCCCAAAGCUUCAUCACUGGCGAAUUUACCAAAGUUCUGCAUCAAAAGUCGCUGCUCAGCGAUGCUCAAAACCUGAGCCUCACUUUGUCUGGAAUAUUUCUAGAUGCGAAUGGGAGCGUGGCAGGAGCCAAGGGGGCAAUAAUGACUUGGCUCGUAGAAUCGCCAUUGGGCCCCGAAAUGUCUCCAGAAAACAUAAUCAUAAACGUAUGGGAGCGGAAAUUCAUCAAAUCCGUGCUGGAGUUUUCGGUGAACAAUUCCCUCCCAGGAGUGAAAGUUUACGCUUUUGGUCAUUUCAGCUUUAAAGAUGCGAUGGCUUCGAUGCAAGACCAGAACAUGGCCAUCCUUUUCGGGGGUUUUGCGUUAAUCUUGAUUUACGUCACCAUAACUUUAGGGAAGUUCAACUGUCUGGAGCAGAGAAUCCUCAUAUCCUUGGUCGGCGUGAUGAAUGUAGCGCUGAGUAUCCUGGCAUCCUACGGGCUGUGUUCGUAUGCGGGUUUAUUCUUCGGUCCCAUUCAUCCGAUCCUUCCUUUUCUGCUGCUCGGGAUAGGGGUGGAUGACAUGUUCGUCAUUGUUCAGGCGCUGAAGACGCUUUCGCCGACAGAUAAAGCGAUUCCGGUUCCGCAAAGAAUCGGUUACGCGCUGAAAAGCGCCGGCGUGUCGAUUACAAUCACUUCGGCCACAGAUAUCCUCGCCUUCGGGAUCGGCUCCACGACGGUGAUGCCGUCGCUGAGUUCCUUCUGCUUGUUUGCAGCUGCCGGAAUUCUCUGCGUGUUUUUGCUGCAACUCACUGUAUUCGUGCCAUGCCUUGCUCUUGAUGAAAAGCGGAUGGACAGCCGGAAGAAUGCCUGCUGUCCGUGCGUCCCCAUGGCUGUAGGCUAUGAACCGAACACGUUUUCACAGAAGUCGUAUCUGGUUCUCUUCUUCAAGCGCGUGUUUGCGCCGGUCAUCCUCUCGACUCCCGUCAAGAUAUUGGCGACAUUACUUUGUCUCGGUAUGGUGGCAGUGAACUUUUGGGGAAUGAUGCACAUGCAGCACAACUUCGACCCAAGGAAAUACAUUACAUGGGGAUCGUACCAAGACCUUUACCUGAAGGCCAUGGAGCAGUACUUCCCCCAUAGCGGUGAAACCGGAGCGUUUCACAUCGGUCAGAUCGAUUACUGGAAAGAAACUGAUGCUCUCGAAGAACUGUAUUCUUCAGUCGUCGCCGAACGCUCCAUCCGUACCGAAACGGUCGAUUUUUGGCACCAUAGUUUUGUUCAGUGGAUUCGCAAAAAUAAUCGCACUGUCGAAUUCGACGAGGAAAUUGACUUCGUGGAGGCCCUGCGAGAGUUUCUGUUGGGAACACGAGACGGACAUCACUACUUACAAGAUAUAACUUUCAAUGGAACUCUUCUGGGAGAAUUUCAGAUACUCACUAGUUUGCUGAAGUAUAAGCACGUGCCUUUAACCCUGAGCUAUGACAGGGAAGAAGCUAUGAAUGCUAUAUCGAACAUCGAGCGGUCGAUAACGUUCAUGUCUGCUCCACCUGGACAAAGGCAUUUGGGAGCAUACACGGUCAUGUACAUUACAUGGCAAGCCAACAAGAUUAUCAGCGGGGAACUUGUCCGUAACUUGGGUCUAACAAUGAGCGCUGUUUUCGCCGUCACCUUGGUACUCAUUGGCGACGUACGAGUCAGUUUGUGGGUAUUCGCUUGUGUCGCCUUUACCCUGGUCGAUAUCGCCGGAUCUAUGCACUUUUGGGGCCUCAACAUAGAAAUCGUCACGUCCAUUUGCCUAAUUCUUGCUGUUGGACUCGCCGUCGACUAUGCCGCACACAUCGGGCAUAUGUUUGUGGCUCUGAAAGGCACUAAGCAAGAGCGCGCCGAGGCGACGCUAGUGCGUAUCGGGCCGGCCGUCUUCAAUGGAGCAUUCAGCACUUUCCUGGCCCUUGUCAUGCUUGGGUACACGGACGACUAUGCAUUCUCAGCAUUUUUCAAGGUUUUCUUCUGCGUCGUCUUUUAUGGAUCCUUCCAUGGACUGAUCUUCCUGCCAGUGAUCCUGUCGCUUGUCGGGCCAUCGACGACAUAUAGACCUGCCCCGUUGAACAAUAAAGACGACACCGGACGGCGGAAUUCGCAGGAACUAAUGGAAAACGGGAAUGGCUGUGCUGGCUUAAGGCCUUGCGAAACCGCCAACGACGUGCUCAGCGAUGAUGAUGACGAGGACCUCGAAGAUCUUUCGGUGCAUCCGAAAAGCCCGAAUGGCGUGAAAUAUCACGAAGCCGAUUCAGUUGACGAUUCAGCGGUUCAUCUUCAACUGACUGGGGUCGCAUACAAAAAUCACGAUUAUCCCUGACCGGGAUGAAAAAACUAGAACAACUCGAUGCCUCUACGAGUUUCUAUGAUUCCCUCCUGGCCUUCUGUAUCAUUCAUGAAGUGUUGUUGAUUACUGCUCUGAAUGGGUCCGACGUCCUUGUGCUUCCGUGAUGACUUCUGCGCGCGGUCCUUUUAUUUCGAAACUCAAACCCGCAGUUUCGAGUCCUUUGAUCUCAUAUCCCGGAAACUCAAUCCGCAAUCCUGCGAUCAAUUGAAGACACGAGCCUCCUCGUGUCAACUCCGAAAGAAAUGUAUAUAGUUUGAACCAUUGUACUAUUUUUAGUUGAAUUCCUUUUUGAGCUUCUAUAGGAAUACUGCCGUUGGAAUCUCUCCGCGAAAACCCAGGUACAUGUUUCUGACCAAAUUCAAAGUAAAUCCGUUUGUAUAGAAACUUGGAUGUGAUCUCAGUUUUCGUAAUUUCCUUUUUCGACUUGUAAAUGAACGUUGAUUCCAAGAAACAUUUUUAUAGGAUGAAUGAUGCUGGACAUGCGCGAGAAUUUCCGGCGAGUGAGAUGAAAAUGAGCAUUCAAAAUGUGGGAUUUUCAGCUUUUCGUGCAGUGAUUGGGAGGCAUUGAUACCUAUGCAGUUGUGUGUAUCUAUAAGUACGCCUUAAAUUGCAUCAAAAUUUUCCAAGAUCAUAGAAAUUUUUUAAGCUGUCCCUUUUCUUUUGGUGGGAAGAGGGUUUGAACGUCUGCGGAAAAUAUUGAAGAUUGAUUUACAGGUGUCCUUUGUUGGAAUUGGAAAAACGUGGUAGUUUAUGUUAUUA